UAGCUAGUUGUGCAAACACCACUGCACUAUCAAAUUCUGCUUGUGUUUGUAAAUAAGUAUCAUACUGCGUUCGUAACUUUUCAUCUCUCAAUGUUUUCCAUGCUUUAUCGAUAGUUAUAAAAUGGUUGGGAGAUCCAGCACAUUUAUCAGGGUGAUAUUUUCUUAUCAGUACUUGAUAAUUUUGUUUCAGUUCCUUGUACGAAGCAGAUUUGUCGCAGUUAAGAACAGAAUAGUAGUCGACAUCAUUUAGUUUGUCCGUCAUUUUUAAAGAAAAUUAUAGACUCGUGGUAUCUGCAGUUUGACUUCAGGCACAGCAUCUACAACAAAUAUUGGUACCUCUGAAAGAAUGAGGUCAAAAAUCCAAUUAAACUUCAUUUUUCUGCUUUGUUUUGUUUUUAAAUCCACCAUCUAUGGGUAUGUGCCCAUUGUUAUGAACACCUGGAACUUUACCCAAGCAACAGAACAAGUAUGGUCAGCGAUGCAGCAAACUUCCAUUAGUGCAAUCGACGCGGUCAGUCUUGCAGGAACAACCUGUGAAGACUAUCAGUGCGAUAAUACAGUUGGUUAUGGUGGAAGUCCGGACGAAAAUGGAGAAACAACUUUAGAUGCCAUGAUUUUCGAUGGUGCCACAAUUAAUAUGGGUGCAGUCGGUGGAAUAAGAAGGAUUAAGAGUGCUAUCAAAGUUGCUCGUCAUGUCUUAGAAAACACAAAGCACUCAUUUCUUGUGGGUGAUUUAGCUACUGAGUUUGCUAAAGGUUUUAAUUUUGACGAAGAGUCUCUAUCAACAAAUUAUUCUGUUCAAUUGUGGAAAGACUGGAAAUCGAAUAAUUGCCAACCAAACUUUUGGCAGAACGUAGAACCAAAUCCAACUACGUCAUGUGGACCUUAUCAUGUCGCAGAUAUUUCAAAUGAAAUAGACUCCAAAGAAUGGCAACAUUUUGCAUCAGAUAACCAUGACACAAUAGGUGUAAUAGCAAUUGAUCAAAAUGGUAACGUCGCUGCCGGAACAUCAACAAAUGGAGCUAAUCAUAAAAUUCCUGGGCGAGUUGGUGAUUCGCCUAUACCAGGUGCAGGGGCUUACGCUGACAAUGAAGUUGGGGCAGCCGUUGCCACUGGAGAUGGUGAUAUUAUGAUGAGAUUUCUGCCUAGUUUUUUAGCUGUUGAAGAAAUGAGAAGAGGAGCUUCACCUACGAAAGCUGCCAAAAUAGCAAUUGACAGAAUAACGCAAAAAUAUCCAGAUUUCUUUGGGGCCGUUUUAGUUGCAACAAACAAAGGAGAUUUUGGGGCCGCCUGUAACGGAAUGGAUUCGUUUCCGUUCUGCGUGGCAAGUGAGGAGCUUGGUGGUGUCGUUAUUAAAAACGUUGACUGUGAAUCAUAAAGAUAAGAAAAAUAUGUUAAUAAAGUUUGAAUUGGAUUAAUGAAUGUAAUACAACUUUCAAAAAUAAAUGCCAGUUUGACAAUUUAUAAAUUA